AUGGCACAUGGUUAUCUUGACUGUUCACUGGAAGGGAAAUGCAUGGAAGAUCUUGGUAAUCAAUUCGUUAAUAUUUUUUUGAUGAAAUCAUUCUUCCAAGAAGCAAAAUUGAAUGAAGAUGGUGAUAUAAUUGGUUUUAAAAUGCACGAUUUAAUACACGAUCUUGCAAAACAAGUAGCUGAAACAGUCAAUUAUUUCAACAUUCAAACACUUGCGUGUCUUGAAGCUAUAUGCAAUUUUGAAGAUGUCAGACUAUGCGUGUCCUUUGAAAAACUGAAACAUUUAAGAUUUCUUGACUUACUAAAAAGUUGUAUGCUAGAAAGUCUUCAUAAGUCCAUAGGAAAUCUUAUUUGUUUACAAACCAUAAAAGUGAGAUUGGAUGAAAAAGUUGUACUUUCUACAAAAGUUGUCUCAAAAUUAAUCAAUUUGAGACACCUUGAUAUUAGGACAUGGACCUUCGUAGACAAGACACCAGUUGGAAAUUUUUCUGGAUGGCUUUCUCCUCUCACACAUAUUAUUGAAAUAACUCUAACUUAUUGCCAAGGUCUCCAAUACCUCCCACCAUUGGAAUGUCUUCCAUUCCUUAAAUCACUUGAGUUAUGUGACCUUGAUGAUUUGGAGUACAUAUAUUGCGAAGAGCUCAUUCUUCAUGAACCAUUCUUCGCAUCUUUGAAGAGACUAGAGAUACGGGACUGUGUGAAACUGGUGGGAUGGAAGAGGAAGGGAGAUGAUUUCAAUAAUAUUAACACUUCACAUCAUCUUUUGUUGCCUCAAUUUCCUUGUCUAUCUUUUCUGAAAAUUUCUGAGUGCCCAAUGUUAACUCACAUGCCUACUUGUCCAAACAUUAAGAAAUUAUCAUUGCAAGUGCAGUGGACUUCAAAGAUAAAUAUAGCAGCGUCACAAUACUCGAUCAGUUGCACUCCUCUUUCCUUGCAGAUUAAUCAACCUAUUAUGGAUGUAAAAAAUGUCCCACGAUAUUGGUGGCAGAAUCUUACUUCUCUCGAGAAUCUUGAGUUUGUGUAUUUUUCAAGUCAACAUUUUCAAGCAACUGAAAUCUGGUUUAAAGAUGACAUCAACUAUCUUCCUUCCCUCCAAAAAAUCACCUUUCAUUAUUGUGAUGAUCUAAAGGCAUUGCCAGAUUGGAUAUGCAACAUCUCAUCACUUCAGCAUAUCAAGAUAGACUAUUGCAAUAAAUUGACAUUGUUGCCGGAAAGAAUGUCACGUCUUACCAACUUACAUACUUUGGAAAUCUUUGGUGAUUCACUCUUAGUUGAAGAAUUUCAGAAAAAAACAAGUGCAACUUGGUCUAAAAUUGCUCACAUCCCAAACAUAAUCAUAAGAGACUGA